CUGGAGUUACACUUGAAUUCAUACAGCCCCAGAAGGCACUGUGAGGUUCCAGGGGUAAUGCUUACAUAAUCGACAUACGGACGUCACAGCUCCUGAAGCUUUGCUGUUUAGCGCGAACCUCAAGUAAAAAAUCGCCCCACCGCGUAUUUCGCUGGCCAGGUCAGGAUCGCCAAUCAAUCUUUCGAUCGGUGCCUUUCCCAGCCAGUUUUUCACGAUAUCAAGUCGAAACACCAGGAAACUAAACAGAGAACGAACGAAAAAAAAAACGAACGGAAAACGUCAAAGCUUGAAAAUCCCAUCCUGCCAGCUCGGCAGCCGAGCAACCCACACAACAACCUUCAAGAUGGCAUCCCCAAGCGUGGCCAAAAUCGCCGACGCGAUGCUCGCGCACUCGGCGCCCAAGUACAGCUUCUCCUUCACGCCGUUCCUGCAGCAGACGUACCAGCACAGCCUGCCGUCGGACCGACCGAUAUGCAAAGUCUACGCGUCGGGCGGCAACUGCCCCAACGGCACGCGGUGCCUGGAGCGGCACGUCGCCGACCCGUCGCAGCUCUCCAACGCCCAGAGCGGAUACGGCAGCGGCAAGCGCGACGGCCCCGCCUUCAACAGCCUGGUGUGCAAGCAUUGGCUGCGCGGCCUGUGCAAAAAGGGCGACGGGUGCGAGUUCCUGCACGAGUACAACCUGCGCCGCAUGCCAGAGUGCAACUUUUACAUCCGCAACGGCUACUGCCAGAACGGCGAGGAGUGUCUGUACCUGCACAUUGAUCCGCAGAGCAAACUGCCGCCUUGUCCGCACUAUGACCAGGGCUUUUGUCCGCUCGGCCCCCGGUGCAGCAAGAAGCACGUCAGGCGGAACCUGUGUCCCUACUACCUCUGCGGCUUCUGUCCCGACGGUAGGCUGUGCAAGCAGGGUGCUCACCCCGGCUGGAAUCCCAAGCUGGACCCGCCGACGGUCAAGGUCGAGAAGCCAGCUGGCGAGGAGGAUGCUAUGGGUUUUGCCGCGAGGGGAGGGGCCUACGAUGAUCACGAAGAUGGCGAUAGGGGUGGACAGCAGAGGGGCGAUAGGAGGGGAGGUUAUGGGCAGCGGGAUGGGAAGUUUGGUGGUGGUGGUGGUGGUGGGAGGGGCGGUUGGAGAGGCCGCGGCGGAGGUCAUAGGGGUAGGGGACGGUACUGAUAAUUUCUUUUUCUUUUCAAUCACGCAUGCGUCCACGGGGUUAUUUGGCUCAAGUUCUUCUGUACAUGUUUGGCGUUGGUGGUGUGGCUUGCUUUAUUAAGUUUUAUAGAGUGGCGUUGUAUACCAUGGCAAAUCACUCUGGUUCAGGAUGUGGUGCGAUUUUGCUCAAGUAUCUCAGAUUCUACCUAGAUACUUGUCUCGCUAAUUCCAUACCAUUACUGCGGA